AUGGCACAUUUCCAAGCAGCCAAAGACGCGCGGAUUGGCCUCGCCCGCGGUUUUGGCCCACAGCGGGUGCUUCGCGCCUCGCCUUGCCCCGAUGUGGGGCUCCGCUCAAGUGUAGUGGCCCGGCUCGAGAUCCGGGCCAAAGUGGCGCGGGCUUGCCGGAAGUGGCGUUUGGGAGGUUGGCCCAUGUGGCUUACUUGGUUGGCCUGCUGGCCAUGUGGGCUGGCUACUCAUCUACGAGGUGUCAACCCGGUGAUGCUUCAGCUGGAACAGCUGCCUGAUCCUGCUGGUGUGUUCCGGCACGUGCAUGCUGAUAGUGGCCUCACACCAGAGGAGAUCAACCAGACACUGCAUCAGCACCUGGACUUCGAAGUCAAAGAUCCGGGUGAUACGGAUGGUGUGGUGAUCGAGCAGACCUUUGACUCCCUGGACAAGAACUACGACGACAGCCUUUCCAGGAGCGAGUUCCUUGCCGGGGCCCUGCGAAGCUCUCCGGCCAGCCAGGGCUCGUUGGCAGACAUCUUCUCCACCAUCGACUCAAACGGAGACGGCGAGAUCUCACGGACCGAGUUCGUGAUCGCUGCAAAGGGCUCCAAGCAGAUGUUGGGCUUGGCCCCGGCGUUUCGCGUCGCAGAUGCCGACGGCGAUGGCUUUCUUUCCCAAGAGGAGUUUCUGUACAUUGCUCGCCAGUUCUACCCCCGGGACUUCCAGACCCGAACCGCCCUGGUGCCUUUGUUCCACCUGCUGGACUCCGAUUCGGAUGGCCGGAUUUCCCGCAUCGAGUUCCUGAAGCAGGCGGACGGCGGCCCUCUGCUGCCCACGGGGCGCGCCGCGGGCCACGUGGACUCUGUGGACUCUGCCGCCAGCGAUGUAUCGGGCGGAGGUGAGAAAGCACCCCCUGAGGAAGGGCAGGAGGAUGCCAGCACCACCACUAGCACAACCACAAGCACGAGCACAGAAAAAGCCAAAGCAGCUGGCCCUGACUGGCUGCACGGCGAAGCCAGCGGCUUGAAAGACUUCAAGGAGGUGGCUCAGAACAUCGCGGAGGCUGUGCGCCAGGUCAUUCGUCAGGAGCUGGGCAAGCCGCUGCCUUCCGCGGCCACCGCUGCCAUGGAGGCCGCCAAGGCCGCGGGCCUCCCCGCGCCCCGCGUGGCAUCUGCCGCCGCCAAGGCGGCGGCGCAGCAGGCGGCGGAGCAGGCGGCGGACAAGGAGGUGACGCCGCAGCAGCUGGGGGCGUUGGCGGCCACCGCGGCCUUCCGCGCGGCGCGCGCGGCGGGGCUCACCGUGGCCCAGGCGGCGCAGUCCGCGGCGCAGGAGGCGUCCCAGGCGGCGGCGGACCGGGCGCUGGCGGCCAACGAGGACGUGGAGGAAGCUGCGGCGGUGGCCGCAGCCGCGGCUUUCCAGGCAGCCCUGGACUCCGGGAUGAGCUACGCCGAGGCGGCCCAGAGCGCCGCGGAGGCGGCGGGCCGCGUGAUCUCGGAGCAUCCCCACAGCUCGAAGAGCGAUGUCCUUGCUGCUGCCAAGGCAGCCCAACGUGGUGUCACUGCUGCUGCAGCCGCCGCCGGCGGUAACGCCUCGGCCAAUGCGAAGGCGGCGGCGGUGGCGGCGGCCACGGGCGCCGUGGGCUCCGCAGCGGCGGAGGAGGCGCUGGCGGCGGGGAAGGCGCCGCAGGAGGCCGCCGAGGCAGCUGCGAAGGCGGUCUUCUCCUUCGCCAUGGACAACGGCUUGGAAGUCCAGGAGGCGGUGUCUCAGAGCACCAUCGCGGCCACGGAGGCGGCGCUCCACGUGGCCAUCGCGGCAGGGAAGACGACCCAGGAGAUUGUGGACACGGCGGUGACCACCGCUGAGGAGACCCUCAUGAACCUAGGGAACAACACCCCAAGCAAGAAGCUGGACAACGCCAUCGCUGCCACCCGCCAGGUGGUGCUGAAGAGCCCCACCUUGGCCAAGCUCAGCCCCAAGCAGAAGCUGGCGGCCUUGGCUGCGGAGGCGGCGCAGGUGGCAGUGGAGGGUGCGGCCAAGGACCCUUUGGCGGUGGCGGUUUUGGCCGCCAACGCCACUUUGGCCGCCGCAGCCGGGCUGGGUCUCGGAGACGCCGCCGGCGCUGCUUCGAGCGUGGCGCUGGCCGCGGGCACCGCCGCCGCGCGGCGGGGCGCCGUGGCCUUCGCCAGCGCCGAGGCCACGGCGCUGGCGGCGCGAAAGGCGGCGCAGGAGGUCCUGAAGGACCAAUGGCCGCCCCAAGCUGUGGCCCUGUGCGCGUCCAGCGCUGCAGGGCUGGCAGCCGCCACCUCCGCCAUGGACACAGGCGAGGCGCCCACCGCCAUUUGGCAGGCGGCGGCGCUCCACGCCAAGGCGGCGGCGGCGCGGCUCGGGCUGAAAGGCGGCGAUGUGGCGGCGGCGGGGGCGCAGGCGGCGGCGCUGGCGCUGGCGCUGGCGAAGCCCUCGGCGAAUCUGCUGGAGGAGGCCAAAGAGGCGGCCCUGGCGGCCGCCGGGCACGGCGAGGCGGGCGCCGCGGCGGCGGCCGCCGCGGCCGCGGAGGCGGCGUCGCUGGUGGUGCCGAAGGAAGCGCAGCUGGCGGCGGCCAAAGCGGCGACAGGGAGCGGGGGCAAGCUGACGCGGCAGCAGGCGGUGGUGAAGAUCAGCUUGAUCGCGCAGCUGGCGGGGCGCGCGGCUCAGCUGGCCGGCAUGAGCCCCGAGGAGAUGGCGGUGGUGAUGGGCCUCGAGGUGGGUGAAGCCUUGCCCAAGUUCGAUGCCCACGAUGGGCCCAAGCCCAUGGCGGAGGACGCCACUAUGGCCGCGCUCAGGGCAGCCCAUCAGCUGGGCUUCACCUUGAAGCAGCUGGAGCCCGUGGCGGUGCACGCCGCCGCGGGCGCGGCUGUGACCGCUGGCAGGAUCUUCUUCAUGAACGCGCAGGAGAUGGCGGACCUGGCCAUGUCGGCAGUGCUGGUGGCCACCAACAAGUUGCCCAAGGAGGACAGCGCCCUCUUGGCCGCCGCCGCCGCGGGGCUGGGCGCCGCGCUGGGCGCCGAGGAGGGCGGCGCCGUGGGCUUCCGCCAGACCAAGGCGGCGGCCAGGGCGGCGCAGCGGGCAGCCGCCCAGCUGCUGCUUUCCGAGCAACGGGCCGCCCGCCUGGCCGCUUUGGCGGCGGGCCGCUCCGCCGGUCGCCUCGCCUCUGCCGAGAAGAAGGAGAUUUCGGCGGUGCGGAAGGAGGCGGCUGAGGCGGCCGUCGCCGCGGGCCUCGCCGCGGGGCUCCAGGCCUUCGCCGCGGAGCAGGCGGCCUGCGACGCCGCGGAGCUCGCGGCCUCGGAGGCCAAGGCCUACGCCGCGCGAGGCAUCAAAAAGCGUCCACCUCCUCCGGCGCCAAAGAAAGACUUCGGUAGUUUGGAUGGCAACGGGGACGGCAAGGUGACAGCAAACGAGCUCAAGCAAUGGGAGCCCAAAGAUGAGUUCGGUUCGAUGGAGAAGAACGGAGACGGGGAGAUCACCAUGCAGGAGUUCCAGAAAUUCAACCCGCAGCACGCUGUGGUGAAAACAGGAGGCGAGGUUUUGCAUGACUUACUUGUCCGGCAGGACGCAGAGCCGGCGCAUUGGUUCGCCCCCGGAGGGCUCGCAGAUCCGGAAGAAGAGCUGGAGGAGGUGAGCCUGGACGGCCUGCAUGAGGCGGCCCUCCGGGGAGACAUCUGCCUGGUGAAGAAGCACAUCGACGCCGGGGCGCCGGUGAAUGCGCCCCUCCGGGUGGCCGGAGGGGAUGAAUAUUUGACGCUGCUGCAUAUCAUCGCCAGCAAGCCCGACCUGCCGAACGGCCCGCAGAUUCUGUUUCUGCUGGCACAGGGCAAGGCAAACCCCAAUGCCAGGAGUACCUUCGGCUCCACCCCUCUCAUGUUCGCCUGCUACCACAAAAACGUCCGCAUCGCGGAGCUCCUGUUGGAGAGCGAGGCCGACCCCGAGGCGGAGGACGACUACAGCAAGACGGCAAUCCGCUACGCCGUGUCCUUGCACACCGAGGACACCGAGGGGGCGGACGCCUAUGCGGUGCUCACUGAGCGGAGUGAGCGGAGCGCUGAGCUGGUGGAGACGCUGGAAAACCACGGGGGCGAUUUGGACAACGGAGGCAGCCGAACGCCGAUGGCGGAGGCGGUCUUGCAGAGCAACAACCUCGCCACCACACGGCUCUUGGAAUUGGGAGCAGUGGCAGACGGCUUGGUCUACGCAGUGGCUGUCAAGAGCUACCGGGUGGUGAGGGAGCUGAUCAACGGGGGGGCCAACCCCUUUGCCAAGAACGAGCAGGGCCUCAGCUGCUGGGAGAUCGCGACCGAGCGCGGGGACGAGGACAUUGUGGCUUGCUUGGAGGGCUACAUCAUGGAGCUGGAGCGUUCCCGCAGCGCCCACCUCAAGAUGAAGCCCUUUAAGGAGGAGCCCCCAUGGACCGAGCGGGGCAUGGAGCACGCCCAGUGGCUCACCACCGGGAAAUCGGUGGAAGACGUGCCCCAGAGGGCCUCUGUGCCGGAGUACCAUGGAGAGGAGAACUGUUUGACCAUCUUUCGCUUCCAGCUGAAGAUCGUCCUGAGCAAUCCCGUGCUCCAGGCCAUUAUGACAACGAACCUGGUGCUGGCUCUUUUCCUCCCGGACUUUUGGGUGAUUCUGGCGAUGCAGGGGAACGGAGGCCUGGACAACGCCCUGGUCAUGAUAUUUUGCCUCUUCCUGGCCGAGUUUCUGGCCAACCUCGUUGCCCAUGGGGAAAGCUAUGCGGGCAGCUACGCCUUUUGGACGGAUGGCAUCGGCAUGCUGUCGGUUCCUUUGGACCACUCCCUGAUCGCCGACAGCUUCGUGGACGCCUUUGAGACCUCCGGCCUGGCCGCCCGGGUCACCAAAUUCGCGAAGCUCAGCGCCAGAGCUGUCCGCCUCUCGCGCCUCGCGAAGCUGCUGCGGUUUCUGCCCUCGAAGGGCGACUUGGAGGAUCACAAGCAAGGCCCCGCCAAGGGCAUCUCAGUGGAGCUCAUGGCCAACUUGUCCAUCAAGGUGGCCCUGCUCAUCAUCGUGCUGGUGAUAACGCUGCCAGUGAUCGACUUUUUCAGAUACCCGCCGGACGACAACUCCCUGCAGAGUUGGACGGCCCAAGUCUACUGGAGUUCCAAAAACUUUCCAGAUGAUACCGCCUUCCAAGUGGAGAAAAUGCGGGAGUUUUACCAGAUCCUGGCGUAUUUCCCAUUCCAGGCUACCUUCCACUACGCGAACAUGACCCAGGUCAUUAUCGAAAUCGAGAAUUCCCAGGCACCAAUGCGGCAAGAAGACGUCCUUGUCAUGCAGAAGGAAGACACCAUCGUCAAGUUCAACUUCCGUUCUCCAAACUUGGCCGAGGCGAUGCUGAACGUAAUCCUCAUGACGGUGGUGAUUCUUACAAUCCUCAUCGCUGCUGGCGGCGUGUCCUCUGCAGUGUCCCACACGGUCCUGUCACCCAUUGAGAGCCUGCUGGACAUCGUGCACUCCACAGCCAUCCAAAUAUUCGAAGCCGUGGAGCAGAUGGCCAUCUACUUCGUGAAGGACUACAGCAGCAAGUGGCACGAGGAGCCCGUGGAUCUGAAGAACCGCUUCUCGCACGAGGUGCAGCUCUUGUCCAAGGUCCUCCAGAAGCUGGACCUCCUCACAUUGAUCGCCAACGCCAAGCGCCCGGUGGACGAGUUCGAGCAACUGGGCGCGGGUCCCAUGACCUUUCUCCAGGACUACGCCACCCACGCGGCGCUGAGGCACGAGUUGACGCUGGACCGGCGCGAAGGCCAGCUGGAGGCGGAGGAGGCGGAGCUGGGGCUGUUGAUGGAAAGCCUCGGCACGGAGCUGGGCCCAGCCGAGAUCAGCAGAGCUGACUUCAACUCCUGGGAGCUGAACGUUGCUGAGCUCAACUCCCCGCAGCGCAUGUCACUCGCACGGUGCAUGAUCAUAAUGUACGACAGCGCGCCGGGCUUCGAAUAUGGAUCCGUGAACAUCAAGAAGUACAAGUGCCACUGUGAGCUCGUGAAGGUCCUUGAAGGCCAGUACGAAGAUGAGCAGGCAGUGCCGUACCACAACUGGUGCCACGCGGUGGACGUGGGCUUUACCCUUCGGUGGAUCUUCCAGCGGAUCAACGCGGAGCGGAUCUUCGCCAUGCACGAGCGCUUCGGGCUGAUGCUCGCGGCUUUGGCCCACGACUUGGGGAACUCAGGGGUGACCAACGUCUUCCUCGCGGAGUCCGGCCAUGAAACGGCCCUGCUGUACAACGAUCAGAGCUGCCUGCAGAACAUGGCCUGCGCCAAGCUCUUCCGACUGCUGGCGGAGCCGGGCACCGCCAUCUUCGUGAACUUCGACGAGCCCACCCGGCGCGACCUGCGCCAGGUGAUCGUCUCGGCCAUUUUGCACACGGAUCCAGCAUGCCAUGACCGGCUGGUGACGCAAGUGUGGGGCCAUUACUAUGGGCGGCAAGACCUCUUCCAAUACGUCGAGCAGCUGACAAGAACCGAGGAGGAGGAGGAGGAGGACAUUGAGGACAAGAAGGAGCUGUUCUUGAAAGCGAAGGAAGAGGUGGAAGACACCUACUUCUGGAAUGCCGAUGUGAAGCAUAGCCUCCGAAACUUCCUCGUGCACCUGGCGGACGCCUCGUAUCCCCUGAAGCCCUGGGAGGUCUGCUCCUUCUGGGCCAACGCCGCCUUCGAAGAGUUCUUCAAGCAGGGCGACAUGGAGAGGAACUACAAGAUGCCAAUGCAGCCGUUGAAUGACCGCGUCCGGGUGAACGUGCCUUUUGCACAGGUCUGUUACAUCAAGCACGUUAUCGCCCCCACGUGCCAGCUCCUUACACUGAUGUUGCCGCAAAUGCGGCUUUGCAAGCAGUACAUGUGGAAGAAUCUUCACCAGUGGCUGGAGAAGUGGACGCAGAGCGGCCCAGAUCACGAGGAGAUGCAGCGGGUCUUCCGGGAGGUCAAGGAGUUGAAGGAUGAGGAUAUGGGCGAAGUCGACAUGGUGGAGCCAAUGAAAAGCGGAGGGGACUCCGAAAUGGAGAGUCCCGUGCGUAGCAUGCGUAGCAUGCGUAGCUAGGUCAGAGUCUCACCCACCGCACCCAGAAGUGGUCAGGGGG